GUAAACAAAGGAGAAGUGAUUUUACAAAAUUUAAAUUAUUAAUAAUAAUAAUAGAGAAAUGGCUUUAAAUGUUUAUUUGGGCAUUUGGAACGAAGGCAAGUUGCGUAGGAUUAAAGUAGACGUUGCAGACUUGGAGUCGAACGUGGAAGUUUUGAAAUCCCCCCUUGAAAAGGAGUUGGGAGAAAAGGCUACUGAUACCCACGAACUCACAUUCUGUGGUUUACUACUAGAAGACAAGAAGCCCUUAUCAAGCUAUGGAGUAACUGCAGGAGUAACGAUUCAUGUGACCGAGAAGCCCAAAAUUAAUGAGCCUUCCAAACAAGCUGAUAUUAAAUUCACAGAAGUAACCAUUCAAGAGUUCGUCAGCAAUUAUAGGAGCUUUAAAGGGUCUCCUUUAUUCAGGAGCACUUUACAUAGACUAGAAGACUCUGCAGAACUUGACAAGGUCAUAGCAGCAGUGCCGGGAUUGCAAUCCGACCCAAUCGCAAUCGCUUUCAUUUCAAAGCCAGAAAUUUUCACUCAACUUGAAGACCCCAAGACUUGUUGGCAAAUUGCCGAAAAGAACCCUCUAAUUCUAGCAGGCGCCCAGUACAUAAUAACAGAAUUUCAUAAAACCACCACAAAUACUCGUGCCGCAUUGCACCCGCCUCCAACUUCAGGACAUUGUUACACCCUAGAAGGCCUAUCUGAUGACGACGAGGAAAUGGAAGGUGCUGGCGGCCAAGGUUCUGGACUUAUAACAAGCGCUCAACUAGCAGCAGCUAUAGCUUCAGCUGGCCAUGGACCCAGUGGCGUUACUGCAACAAUUACACCUGACAUGUUACAACAAGCUUUGUCUCCUGGCAGAUAUGCUUCCCAGUUGAGACAUAUGAGGGAAUUAGGAUUGGCGGAUGAGGUUAGGAAUUUGAGGGCCUUAACGGCUACAGCGGGGGAUCUUCAGGGAGCCAUCGAUUUGGUUUUUAGUGGAGCUUUGGACGAUUUGUAAUCUCUGAUUAAAUUUUCGAUUUUCUUGUUCUUUUUUACAUUAAAUGUUGGCGUUUCUAGUCUCUAUAAGAGGCUGAAUUUAUUUAAUUUUCGAUUAAUUGUCUUAAAGGUAUAACUACUUUAUAGGUUUUUAUUUAUGUAUUGAAUUUGUUCAAGGGAAAUAAACAAUAUCUAUUUGUUCCCAUU